AAAAUGUCCAUCAGUUGGAAUUUGGUGUUUUCUUUGACUGAGGAAAGUUGUGCACACUUUGUUUCUACAUAUCAGGUGAACCUUACGGACAAUGAAGAAGAGGUCUUCAGGAGCAAUGCACUGACUCCUCCCAGACGUGCCUGGAAGAAAACCUCUCGUUACAGACAGGAGCUGGUCACUGAAGGACGCUGCAUCCGCGCUGACUGAUGCUCUGCGAGGCUUGAAUGAGCGCCCUGGUUCAUAAUAAGUAAAGUUUACGCACAGUGAAAAUGAGAGCCUUCAUCUCGACAGUGACAGCGCUAUGGGUGAUAACGAUUCCCUGUCUGGAAGCCAUCCACGGACUGUACAACUUCGGACAGCACGGUUUAUUCCAAAAAAAGAACAACUGCAAGUCCAUUCCCGAAACCCUCCACCUAUGCCGCGACAUUGAGUACACGAACAUGCGCCUCCCGAACCUGCUCGGCCACGAAACCAUGAAUGAAGUUCUGCAGCAAGCUUCGUCUUGGACCCCGCUCGUGCAGAAGCAGUGUCACCCGGACACGAAAAAGUUCCUCUGCUCUCUCUUCGCCCCGGUGUGUCUGGACGACCUGGACGAGCCCAUACAGCCGUGCAGGUCCCUGUGUGAAAGCGUCAAGGACGGCUGCGCGCCCGUGAUGUUCUCGUUUGGCUUCCCUUGGCCGAAGAUGUUGGACUGCGAACGCUUUCCACUCGACAAUGACCUGUGCAUACCUCCAGCGGCCUUAGAGGACCCGGUUCCAGGCACCAAAGCGGUGCCCAGGGUGUGCGAUGCCUGCAAAGAAACGGAUGAAAAUGACAAUGAAAUUGUUGACAACCUGUGCAAGAAUGACUUUGCUCUGAAAAUCAAAGUCAAGGAGAUUUCUUACAUCAACGGUGACACCAAAAUAGUGCCAGAGAACAAGAGCAAGGCCAUCUACACGAUGAACGGCAUGACCGAGCGUGACCUGAGGAAGGUGGUGCUGUGGCUGAAGGACGGGCUGCACUGCAUCUGCGACGAGUUUAACGAUAUCAACGCCGCCUACCUGGUCAUGGGCCAGAAGAUGGACGGCAACCUGGUCAUCACCUCGCUGAAGCGCUGGCAGAAGGGACAGCGUGAGUUUAAGAGGAUUUCACGCAGCAUCCGCAAGAUAAAGUGUUAGGAAGGGGGACACAAUAAAAACUGCAUGUCAAGGUUAAAGGUCAAAGUUAUUUUGGCUUGUUCUCAUUGUCGCACAACAGUUGCAGUUAUGUUUAUACUGUAUAUUCUGCUUUACAGUGCAACAAAGGUGUUUCCCUAGCCUCAGAAGACACACAGCUUCCACAAUCUUCUAUUGUUUUAUUAUUAAAUGCCCAGAAUUUUUAAAAAGUCAUAUGGAGAUUAAGCUAUAUGACUCAAAACUGAUUACAUUAACAAAACGCAUGCAGGGGCAAACACUAUUUUAAAAACUCAGUUUUUGGUGAAAUCCACCUAUUGACUUGCAUUCAUUUUGCACUGAUCUCGUGCCCCCUAGUGGCCAGUUUGGAAAUGGCGUGUCUUCCUCUGGGGAACAGGCUUUGUCUCAUUGGUUGUAGGUAAUUGCACUCAGCUGGUGUCCAGAGUGCAGAGGAAUAACAAAUGUCAUGGUUAGAGUUAAAACUAGCAGAGCUUUAAAAGCGGGAUUAAAAAUGAAUGACUCCAAUAACCAUUUACAGAUGUGCCCUACUCAACAGAGAAAGGGUGACUUUAUCAGAUUUUAAGACAUUUUUUUUUCUUUUCUCUUCUGGGGUUAAAUCAGGGUUAAAACCAGUAAUUGUUAUUUGUUUAGGAGGAGGCUCUAUUGAAAACCACUUCAAUAUGAGAGUUAAAAUUCCUAACAACUUGUCAAUUCAGCUCCACAAAGUCAAAACGGAUUAAUUUUGCAUGGUGCAUAUAUGGGUGAAACUGUGAUACCCCUGUGUGUGAGUGUGUGUCAGUGUGUGUGAUGUUCAAAUAACAUUUGUAUUUCCACCAUUUCCUCAAGCAAACAUGAGAGAUAGCUGGCUAUAUUCUCUAAUAUCCUUGGUUAACUUUUUGUACGAGAGCCGCAUCAUAAUUUUCUACCACCGUAUUAGAAAACAAAUAUUUUUCUAUUCCACACUUUCAUAUUUCAUUAAAAACAAAAUUUUCACGUCUGUUUUUGCGUAACAUGAAUUGGUUUUGAGGUACUGGCGAGUAUCUGACUUUUGGUUUGUAGCCUUUUUGAUGAGCAGUAACUGUUUGUAUGUUUGCAAUGUAAAGUUUUGUGUUUUUUGAAGUAUUACAGUGUAAAUAAAUACUGUCAUUUAUUCUUGUAUAAAGUUUUCAACAAUUAAAAGCUGCCAAUUACAAGUUUCAA